AUAAUCGAUCAUUUUAUUUAAAUUAUUAAAUUAACAAACAUGAGUAAUAGUAUUAGGACUGCAGUUUUAAAAAAGAUUACAAGAUCUUUACAAAGUAAUAAGAGUUUAAACAUAUCUGAUAUUGCAUCUUACUUGCAUUUUACAACACAGAAAACAAAUGGAAUCUAUUCCUUUUUACUUCCAUUAAAAACCAGACAAUAUGAUAUACAAAAUAACAUACAAAAUAUCAUAGAUAAUGAUCCAGAUAGUAUUUUUAAUAUCAGUACAGAAAACAAUGUAAUAGCUUUUAACUUUACUAGAGAAAAGUGUAUUAAAGAAAUUUUGGAACAUAAUUGUUCUGCAGUAUCAGCUCCAGCUUUUGUCAAUAAUAAGAAAAAUAUCAUAGUGGAGUUUAGUUCACCUAAUAUUGCAAAACCCUUUCAUCUAGGACAUUUAAGAUCUACAAUAAUAGGAAAUUAUAUUGCUAAUAUCAAUAGCUUUGUAGAAAAUAACGUCAAGAAAAUAAAUUACUUAGGUGAUUGGGGUACGCAAUAUGGUUUAAUUCAGUUAGGAAUUGAUAUGGUAGAUAUUAGCGAGGAUGAAAUGAAAAAGAGUCCUAUAAAAGCGCUAUAUAUAGCAUACAUUACUGCCAAUAAGUUGGCUGAAACUGAUUCCUCCAUAUUAGAUCGUGCAAGAAAAAUAUUUAAUGAUUUGGAAACUGGUAUAGGAGUCACAUGUGAACAAUGGAAAACAUUUAAACAGUACACUAUUGAAGAAUUGAAAAGGACUUAUGGUAGAAUUGGUAUCACAUUUGACGAGUAUCAUUGGGAAUCUAUGUACAAUGCCAAAAAUAUGGAGAGAUUAAUUACAUUAAUGGAGAAAAUGCAAUUAUUAGUAACAGAUGAACAAAAUAGAAAAGUUGUGAAUCUAGAUAAUGAUAAAAUUAUUCCUUUAAUCAAAAGCGAUGGUUCUACCUUGUACAUAGCUAGAGAUAUUGCUGCAGCUAUUGAUAGAUUUGAAAGGAAUAAUUUUGACUGUAUGUAUUAUGUAGUGGAUAAUACUCAAGCUGAACAUUUCUCGAACUUGUUGGAAAUAUUAAGACGAAUGAAAGUGCCAUGGGUUGAAAGAUUGAAACAUAUAAGAUUUGGUCGAUUACAUGGUAUGAGUACGAGAAAGGGAAAUGUAAUAUUUCUAGAAGAUAUCUUAAAUACUACUAGAGAUAUCAUGAAGCAGAAACAAUUAGAUUCAUGUACCACCAAAAUUCAGUUAGAUUCAACAGAUAAUAGCUCAGAUAUAUUAGGCAUUUCUGCAAUGAUAAUCAACGAUUUGAAGAAAAGACGACAACGAGAUUACACAUUCGAUUUAAAUGCAGCAUUUGAUUUGAAAGGAGACACUGGCGUGAAGCUGCAAUAUACUCACUGUCGACUCAUUAACUUAAAACGCAAUUGCGGCGCUGUCUUACCUUCGGAAUGCGAACCAAGCCUUUUACGAGAAGAAGUCGUCGAUGAAUUAAUCGUAUUAAUUGCCAAAUUCGAAGAGAUAGUAUUAAAAUCGUACGAAGAAAUGGAACCAUGCAUAUUAACGGGAUAUCUCUUCCAUUUGAGUCACGUAAUUAAUAAGGCUUUCAAAACAUUGAAAGUAAAAAAUGAAUCAUCUGACGUUGCUAGUCAAAGAUUGCUUUUGUUUCAUGUUGCUAGAAAUAUUCUUGCACAAGGUAUGAAAUUACUUGGUCUGAUGCCUCUGGAGGAAAUGUAACACAAUGAAAAGAUGUUUCAGAAGGUACAAUAUUAAGCAAAUAUACAUUAUACAUUAAAAUAUUUGCACAUGAUUUCACGUAUCGAUUGUUCCUUACCAACUCGCAUUUUUUCGAUCAACGAUUUGUCUACAAAGCUGCGUAAGCCCCAUGCGAUACCCCAACGUACAACGCCACACUGUCCAGUAGGCCCUCCACCCUUAAUUGUAGCCUCGAUGUCUACUUUAUUGCUCAUAUUUGUAAACAUUAAUGGAAAUAUAAUC